AAAUCAUUUUGGAUGCUCAAUAUUUGUUUUUCAGUAUACAGUAUCUUAUUAAUUUUUUUUAUCUUCAUUAACAGUUACUGUACUGUUUCUUCAGAAAAGAGCCUGAAGUGGAUGGACAAUAUGUAUAGCAAAUGUGCUGAAGGUCAAAACAUGACUUCAUCCACACCGAACUUGGAACCAAAAUUUACAUUGGUUGUUUUGGUAUUACUGGCAGUUCUAAUGGUUUUGAUAGCUCUUAUUACAGUGCUUGGAAAUGGCUUGGUUGUCCUGGCUUUUUUGGUGAACAAAGAUCUUCGGCAUCGAAGUAAUUAUUUAUUUCUUAAUCUUGCUAUUUCAGACUUUCUAGUCGGUGCAUUCUGUAUCCCCCUGUAUAUCCCUUACGUCCUGACAGGCAAGUGGAUGUUUGGAAGACUUCUCUGCAAACUCUGGCUAGUUAUAGACUAUCUUAUGUGCACAGCUUCAGCAUUUAGCAUUGUCCUUAUCAGCUAUGAUCGGUUCCUGUCAGUUACCAAAGCAGUGACAUAUAGGAUUCAACAGGGAAUGAUGUCAAAGACUGUUGUUAAGAUGGUGGCAGUCUGGGUUUUUGCAUUCUUAAUCUAUGGCCCCGCAAUCCUCAUUUGGGAUCAUGUGGCUGGCUACAGCAUCAUACUCGAUGGAGAAUGCAAUGCUGAAUUCUACUACAACUGGUACUUUCUCCUGUGUGCUUCAACCUUUGAAUUCUUCACACCUUGUAUCUCUGUGGCCUAUUUCAACAUGCACAUCUACCGGGAUAUACAAAAACGCAAGAGAAACAGGCUCCAGAGCACAGUCAACAUCAGCAAACAGGUGUCUGUACCUCCAACAGGAAACAAUGUCUUGAUGGCUGACCAUUGCUCUUUGAAGGAAGACGUUUCUUCUCCUGAUUCAGAAACAGAGGACAGUCUUUCUACUUCCAGGACACAGGUGCAGUCAGCGGUGACUGAUGGUUCACAUCAGUCCAGAGGCUAUUCCAUAACCCCUGACAAUGAUCAGUCAGUAGCCCUGACAGCGAAGACCAGGUCAAAAUUGAACAGGGACAAAAAAAUUGCUAAGUCACUUGCCAUAAUUGUCUGUGUCUUUGCCAUUUGCUGGGCACCAUAUUCAUUACUUAUGAUAAUUCGCGCAGCCUGCUGUGGAGAGUGUGUCAACCAAGUCUUGUAUGAAAUAACAUUUUGGCUUUUGUGGCUUAAUUCCUCUGUAAAUCCUUUCCUCUACCCUCUCUGCCAUGUUAGGUUUCGGAAGGCUUUCAUGAAAAUAUUGUGGCCAAAAAGGUUUGUGAUAUAGCCACCAGCCCUGUCAGUCUCUUCUUAGCAGGGCCGGCUCCAGACUCCAGCGCGCCAAGCGUGUGCUUGGGGCGGCG